AUGGCCAUUGACGAGCGCGAUGACCCUCUUGUCAAGGCACUCCCUCCCGAAACAGAUUAUCUCACAUAUCUCACAAUUCUAGAAUACCAAUUGACCCCCGAACACCUGCCAAUCUUGCACAAUCUGCUCCAGGAUGAGAAGUUAACGACGAAUAUUGGCUGGGAUUUAGUCCAGCUGCUUCUUCCAAUGGUUCCUGCUUCGCAGGAAUGUCUUCAAGAUGUGGCCAGACUUGGGAAUCCCAGAGAGGUUAUUUUGCGGGUUUCCAAUUCGUUGAUGAAGCUAGAACCCGUGGAUGAGGAUGGUGAUAAUGAAGGAGAUUAUGAAAAGGGGCUCAGUGAAGCGGUUGGUGGAGUCAGGCUGGAGGAAAACGCAAACGCGAAAGACGAUAUAGUUAUACAUGAUCAAACUACAGCUACUCCCAAAGUCCCCUUGCACAUCUUGCAAUUCAACUGCCUCGUUUCCAUGCUCGCAGUUCUCCACUCCCGCAUCCAGACGAAAUAUCCCAGUCGUUUUGUCGCUACCUCUCUCCAAGCUGUACUAGAAGCAUACACUACUUUCCCGACUGUGGAGACGACUGCAGCAGUGUUGGAAUUUUUCAGAGACACAGCAGGAAAAAAACGGCCACGUCUCCCACCCCGGAAUAUGAGUGAAUCACUCGUUCCGCAAGUGACUAAGGAAUCAGCGCCAGACCCAGAGGCUGAAUCGCAUCUGGGGACCGCAGCAUCCGAGGAAUGGGCCGUGAUCCAAAGGCUUAUGCAGUUUGGUCUUGUGGAGCUUCUGAAAACAUAUCUCUUGCACUGUAUCGACGAGCCACCUGCUGGAAUGCGGUGGGCGCUUCGAUUACAGGAGAAAUUAGAUGCAAACAAUCGGAUUCCAGCGUCAUUAAGUUUCACUGAGGAUUUCGGAAAGCUCGAGAGUUUGAAAGAGCGGGAUAUGGCAGUUGGGAAAAUUAUUGCAUUAUCACGAGACUUUGGCAUUGAAACAAAAGAACUUCUUGAGAUCAUUUCCAAGCCCAACGAUCAGCAACUACCGCCUCUAGAUUUUGAAGAAACGCCUAAACGAGCUGAAGAUAUUCCACUUCAAAGACAUGGCUGUCUUCUGCUGCUAGCAGCGCGGUGUGCAGCUGAUAAACUACUCUCUUCGGGCCAGCCAGUGGAGCCCAUUCCCGUCUUCCCUGAUCUUGCUGUCAUAUUUUCCAAUUUUCUUGGAGAGGGUGAAUCUUCAUAUUCCACGGUUAUCUCAGAGCCCGAAGCUCUCGUUGAUUCACUCCUUUCCCUGGCUGUUAUCGCCAGUUGUGAACCUGUUGCACCUCCCCAUAACCAAACUGAACUUGGCCAAUUCAUGCUCCAGCUCACUGCUUGCAUCCGUGCACCAAGUUUCCGGAGUUUCAGUCGUAUGGCCCGGAUCCCAUCGCAGAUAUUUCACAGUAACCCUGACUCCCUCUCCCGAUUCAACCUAGUCUGCAGAAUUCUCGACGACGACAAUUUAGAAUACUCCCGAGAGACAGCGAUGGGAUGGGUGAAGGAGGAACUUAUUGCAGCAACAGCACCAAGCCCACCGGAUCAGAAAGAGAAGAGAGAAUGCAUAUUUACUGAUCCCAAGUCCUUUGCCAACCUAUUCCCAAAAAUCUACAAGCCCAUUCCGGACGGGUGGCUUACGCUCAGAACAGCCAAAACCGAAGACCUUAUCAACAUCUGGAUGACGUUUACUCAACAUAGCCUCCCCUUCCAUCUUUCCAUCCUGAACCUGUUGUAUUUCCUCACCCAAUCGCAAGCACUACUCGAACAUCUACAAAUGAAAAAACUUUACCCGUACUUCCGGUCCAAGUUUUUGGAGCCGCUUCAGGCAUUUAUGCAGAGUAUUUUGACAGACGCGGAGAUCACGGCACGAGUCGAGAUGGAAGUUGGCGAUGAGGCGGUGCAGGUGGGGAAAGGUGCGGCGGACUUAGUCUUGCAUAUUAUUGGGGAAAUUGAGGAAGGGUUAGCAGGGGUAUUAGGGGAAUAUGGAGGGUUAGAAAAGGAGAACCUCGAUCCUUCGACGACAAUCAACCAUUCAUUCCUGAAACACUCAACUGUAAAAUCCAACAAGCGUAGCGUAACGGAAACCUACGGUUCCAAUAAUGAGGAAAGCGACUGCUCCGCUGACAGCGGCGGCUGCACCAUUUCGCAAAGCCAUCUCUCCAACAGCACUAUCUCCAGCAGUCACAUUUACUGCUGCAACGUGAAAAGUUGCACCCUCUCAAACGCAGGGUAUCUCUCAGACACGCACCUGCGCAACUCAACUCUUUCUGGUACCGUGCGAGUCAUCCAAUGCAAAGUCAAGGCGUCGCAAUUCAUAUACGCAUUGGGUGAUGACUACAUCCCAGAUUCUAUCACAGAAACUGAAGGACCCGCAAUCCAAAAAAGUGACAUCCGCAACUCCAUAAUCGGCCCGUCACCAUGUACAAUUAGUCGAGCACGACUACGUAAAGUGAAGAUCUCCUGCAGUACCGUUGCUGAUGCUUGUUUGGAUGAUUGCGAUGUUGCUGAUUGUAUGAUAUCAAAGGGGAGGUUUUCUGGGUUAUGGUUGAGGAAUGGGAUUUGGGAAGGCGGGGAAUUGGUUGGAAAGAUGAAGGAGGGGGAGGAUGUGGUGAUCAAGGCGAGGGGAUUUGCUGAGAUUGAAGAGAAGGAGAGGGAGAGAGAGCAAGAGAGGUUUGGCAAACUUAAAGAACAGGGCGAAACGGGGCAAAUGAUAGGUGUGGGGAUUGGGGAUGCUGCUGUCCGUGGUGCGCAGGGAGAAUUUUCUGUGGAGAGCAACAGCAGUAAAAAUAUUCCUUUUCGCGAGGAUUCUACAUCUACCAACCAACCACAAGAACCAAUCCAGGUCAAUUAUGCCUUUCCAAUCCCAGGACCAGCAGAAUCCCUUGAACAGCUAAACCAAAGCCAACAACCACUUGCCGCUGCCUCAAAAGAACAACCAUACAUCAGCAUAUGUGAAGGUACCCCCUCCCCGCCCUCAACAGUCGGCUACUCGACUUCAACAGAAAGUCUUGUUGAGGUUGACGAAGACCAUGAAUUUCCCCUUCAUAGUCCCGAUGAUGGAAUGGUAGGCAUUGGUGACGAGAAACUGCCACCCUAUUCGCCAUAA